AUGCCCAAGGCGACUGAACAAAGCUUGAUUCCGCCAAAGCCGCCAUUAGAAGCACCGGCGUUGCAAGACCAGGAGCUAUGUUUCUCGUAUGAGAUUGCCCGUGGCGAAAUGGGCGUCCUCUCUUUUGAGCCAUACAAAAGUCUGAUCUUGCCAUUCUGGGCUUUUCGGAAUGUUCCCAUCGCACAAAAGUCCGCGGAGGCAUUAUGGUCGAUAUUUGAGUCGUAUGUCGAACGGGGUGACUUUGUCGGCGCGGACAUGACGCGCAAAUUCAUUCAAAUGGGCAUGACCCGUGCCCGUCGGUACGCGAAUCAUAAAGGAGGUCGGAAGUAUGGGAAAGAUGGCAAGCAGCUGGACAAGUGGACCGAUGACGACGUCGAUGGAAAGAGGCGGGAGAAGGAGGAUGCCAGUGAGAUCUUCAAGGGAUAUUGGAGGAAAUGCACCAGCUCGGAGAGGUAUCUUCAGCUCAAACAGGAAUGGUCAAAGUCGAAGAAAGGCUUCGUCAAGCCUUAA